CAGUGUGCGUUAAAAACACGUGUUGCAGCGGAAAGUCUAGAGUUCACCAAAGCUGCGAGGGUGUCUUGUGGGAUCGCCAAAAACGAAUUACAAGACUAUGCCAUCCUACGCGCUAAAUCAGUUUAUUGACCUGGAUGACGUCUUGUGCAAGCACCUUUUGAAUCUCGAUCUCCGAGGGCCAGCAAAGAUCACGCCACAUGCUGCCGUUGGACACAGAAAGCCUGACAGUCCCUGCACACCAUCCUCCAGCGGUUCAGGACUUUCUCUCGACAGCAUGGAGAGUGGAUCCGUAAACCCAAGCUACUGGGGCUCCCAGAAAGUCUCAUCUCAGUCGAAGUGGAUCAAGACUCCAUUCUGGUCUGAGCGCUCCGUAAGCAUGGUUGAGGGGAACACCGGAAGUCUGGGUUGGUCGUCUGCCGAACCUGAUCAUGUAAGUCAGCCUUUGGGUACAUCAGGCGCGGGGUCUCUCUCCAGCUCCACGUCAUCGAUCUCAGCCACCUCGUCCCGCUACAAGACAGAACUAUGCCGCACGUUUGCCGAAAGGGGGGUGUGCAAAUACGGUGCCAAAUGUCAGUUCGCCCAUGGGCCCGAAGAACAGCGUGACCUCAACCGCCACCCCAAGUAUAAGACUGAGCCCUGUCGCACUUUCCAUUCCAUUGGCUUCUGUCCCUACGGCAUCCGUUGCCAUUUUGUGCACAACGCUGAAGAUGAUCAAAUGCACAACUGCCCCCACGCAACCAAUAGGGCGGUCCAGCGUCCUCCCCUCCUCAAACAAAGCUUUAGCUUCUCUGGGUUCCCCACAACUCACCAGCCCCUUGACGCCCCGCUCUCCACCAACUCCUUCCUCCGGGCUCCUUCCGUCUCCACUCCGACCUCCACCACCAUCACCGACCUCCUGUCUCUGGCCUUCCCGGACAUAGAUCCCAGCACUCUUCUGGAGCAAGCCAGGGACAUCAACCCUCACUUCUUGCCAUCUCCAGAUUCCGGGUGCUCAAACUCUGGACUGUCUCCCACCCAGCUACUUCCCUCCCAGACUGAUGCCUGCUUGAGACAAAGCCCCACCGGCGGCGCAUCUCUAGGCCUCAGGAGCUUGUCUCAUACUUCGCUCUCAGACCACGAGGGUGGCAGCUGCAGCUCGUCCAGUAGCAUGAGCGGCUCAGAGUCCUCCUUCGGACAAGAUGUUAGUGGGCGCAGGCUUCCCAUCUUUAGCCAGCUGUCGGUACCUGAUGAUGUCAUAUACAGUGAGAGUAGCAACUCCAGCACGAGCUUCUUCCUCUAGAUGCCUUCAAGCCUCAAAGGGACUGAACUGUAUACUGUGUUAUACCUACUGUAAUAUAUGACCAAUACUUGACAUUUUAGUUAAGCUCAGAGUGUGAUGUAUGGAUUUUUGCAGUCAUACUUUAAGUGGGGUUUUGUAUGACGCAGUGGAGGGAAAUGCGAGAAGAGGUGAAAUUUUGACAUCAAGAUGUUUGGAGGAAAUGUACAGUUGUUAACUUUUAAAGGUGCAUUUAGCAAUCAGCUAUUUAGGAAAAGAUUUAUUGUACCAGAAUAGCCAAAGAGAGGAGAUUGAGCAGUCUCUGAGUUUUUGUUUUAUUUAAUUUUUUUCAUAAUAUUUGAGACUACUGUACUCUUACCCAGAGACCAAAUGUUUUCAAGCUGUAUAUACUGCCAUUUGUUAAUGGACUGUUUCUAGACAUUGCCGACGUUAGAUUUGAGUUUUUAUUAGUCAAGUUUGCAAUGUCAUUGUUCUUGCUCCUGUUGUAUAUCGUUUGGUUUGUUUCUAGACUGCCUUAUGUUUUGGAAGAUGUGUUAAACAGAUCCAUAAGUGCACCGUUGGAGCUUUAUUCCAGAUGACUUGCCUUCUGAUAAUGUUGCGUAGCUGUUGAGUGAGUUUAGACCAAUUACUACUAAAUGUGACAUUUGUGGCCUUGUUAGUUCUUUUUAUAGCUGGUUCUGAUGGUCCCUUUUUCACCCGAUUGUCUGAGAAGCCCCAAUUGGCUUUGUUACAUGAGGAGUUUCAAGUAACUUAAUUUCUUUUUAUUUAUUUUAUUGUAUUUAUAGAAAGCGUGUUUUUUGAUAAGGUUUGUAUCAAGUUUAAUAUAUUGAUUUUUCUCCCUGCUGCCCUCAUUUUGUACUGAAAAUAAACCCUGUUGGUAAACAUCA